CUCACAACAUGUCCAAAAAGCCCACACAAUUUAGCAAAGAUCACUGAAAUCACAACAUGGAAGUUGAAAAACUUUUACUUCUUUCUUUCCUUUUAAUGAUGAUGCAUUUUUUAUUUUGUGAUUCUAUGGACACCAUACUCAUAAAUCAAGCCAUUGAAGAUGGCAGCCUUCUAAUCUCCAAAGAAAACAAUUUUGUGCUUGGAUUUUUCAGCCCUGGCAAUUCCAGAAAUAGAUAUCUUGGAAUCUGGUACUAUAAAGUACGAGAACAAUCAGUGGUGUGGGUAGCAAACAGGAAUCAUCCUAUCAAUGGCUCUUCAGGAGUUCUAUUACUUAACCAAUAUGGAAAUCUCAUUCUCUAUGGCAACCAUAGCCAGCAAGUUCCAGUAUGGUCUACAAAUGUCUCAGUGGAAGUAACAGAGACAGACACUUGUAGAGCUCAGCUCUUGGAUUCAGGAAACUUGAUUUUGGUCCAAGAAAGAAGUAGAAGAGUUUUUUGGGAAAGCUUUGAUCAUCCUACAGAUACUCAGCUACCUGGAAUGAAGCUUAUGUUGAAUCGAGAGACAGGUAUUCACCAUUUCUUAACAUCAUGGAGAUCAGCAGAUGACCCUGGAACUGGAGAAUACUCGCUUGAGCUGAAUCCAAAAGGAUCACCACAACUCAUUCUUUACAAAGGUACAAAAUCAUAUUGGAGAAGUAUCCCAUGGCCAAUAAAAAAUUAUGUUGAUGUACGAAACUUCAGUUUUGUCAACAACCCAGAAGAAACAUCCGUCACCUAUGCUGUUGUUGAUGCUUCUGUUAUACUAAGAAUAAAGUUGGAUUAUUCGGGAUUGCUUACGCACCAAACAUGGCACGAACGUGAAGGCAAAUGGAAGGAAUUAUGGUCAGCACCGAAGUCUCUGUGUGAGACAUAUGGUCACUGUGGUGCCUAUAGCAAUUGUGAUCCUUCAUAUUUUAAUCGUAAAUUUGAAUGUGAUUGUUUACCUGGAUACGAGCCCAAAUAUCCAAGGGACUGGAAUAUUCUGAAGGAUGGGUCAGGUGGGUGUGUCAGAAAGUGGCAAGAAUCAUCUUCAGUGUGCAAGCAUGGAGAAGGGUUUGUGAAAGUGGCAGCAGUUAAGGUUCCUGAUACUUCAGAAGCAGUUUGGUUGAGCUUGAACAUGAGUACUGAUGACUGCAAAUUGGAAUGCAGGAGAAACUGUGCGUGUUCUGCAUAUUGUAGCAUAGUUAUUGCUGGGAAAGGAACUGGUUGCUUGGCAUGGUAUGGCGAAUUAAUGGACACUGCGAUUAGUAUAGAUGAGGGAAGUGAUAUUUAUGUUCGUGUUGAUGCACUAGAAUUAGCUGAAAUGGUACAAAAAUCAAAUGGUUUUCCGGAGAAGAAGCAUAUCUUGGCUAUUUUAGUGGUAUCUGUUGUUUCAGCUUGGUUUACAAUAAUCUUAUUUGUAUAUUUGUGGUUCAAGAAGAAAGGAAAAAGAGUGAGGAACAAAUGGAAUGAAAGAUUGCUUGAUACAAUCACUGCUCCAUACUACAAGGCAAAUGAAGGUGGAGGUAGAAUGAGUCAUCCAGAGAUUGCAUUCUUCAAUCUCAGAACAAUACUUGCUUCCACUAACAAUUUCUCUCCGGCUAACAAACUAGGACAAGGUGGUUUUGGCUUGGUUUAUAAGGGUUUAUUGUCUAAUGGUGAGGAGGUUGCCGUUAAAAGACUAUCAAAAAAUUCAGGGCAAGGAAUAGAAGAAUUUAGAAAUGAAGUUUUGUUGAUUGCAAAACUUCAACAUCAAAAUCUGGUGAAACUCAUAGGAUGCUGCAUUCAGGGAGAGGAAACAAUGCUAGUUUAUGAAUACAUGGCAAACAAGAGCUUGGACUCCUUUCUUUUUGAUGAAACAAGAAGGUCGAUCUUGGAUUGGAGAAAACGCUUUGAUAUCAUCAUUGGGAUUGCUCGUGGAAUCUUAUAUAUUCACCAAGAUUCUAGGUUGAGAAUUAUCCAUAGAGAUCUAAAAACCAGCAAUAUUCUAUUAGAUGCAGAAAUGAAUCCAAAAAUCUCAGAUUUUGGCCUAGCUAGAGUCUUCAAAGGCGACCAAACUCAUGAAAAGACAAACAAAAUAGUUGGAACAUUUGGGUACAUGUCCCCAGAAUAUGUGGUAUUUGGAAAGUUUUCAACAAAAUCUGAUGUCUUUAGUUUUGGGAUCAUAUUAUUAGAGAUCAUUACAGGAAAAAAGAACAAUAGCUUUUGUCAAGAGGAUUCUUACCCAAGCAUGAUAGGAAAAAUAUGGCAUUUAUGGAGAGAAGAGAGAGCAUUGGAGAUAGUUGAUUCAUCACUAAAGGAGUCUUGUUCUCCUCAUCAAGUAUUGAGAUGCAUCCAAAUUGGGCUUUUAUGUGUGCAAGAAGGUGUAUCGGAAAGACCAACCAUGUCAACUGUUGUUCUAAUGUUGAAUAGUGAAAUUACUCUUCCAUCUCCUGAACAACCUGCAUUCACUUUUGAAAAGUCUAGUAUUAUUAGUUCAAGCUCAUUAGCACCAAAAGAAAGAUUUUAUUCUGUCGAUGAGGAAACCAUUACUAAGGUUGUAUGUCGUUGAAUAGAUCUCCCAUCAAUUACAUAAAUUUUUAGUAUAGAGAUGUAUGAUAUGCUUCUUCUGACA